AGUAUGAACACAAUGAUAGCACAACUUAACCUAAAAUUUAGACUCGACUCGACUCGACCCGAUUAAAUUAAACCUAUCCGAAUUGACUUGUACUUACUCCCACCCAUAGUUUACUUCAAAUACAUUGUACAAUCAAGUACGUUGGAGUGACAUUAAGAACCAAAGAUGUAAACGGAAGGUGAGAAAGACAAUACGAAAUUGUAGAAUCCACCGUAAUAAGUGGCAUCUCAAUCCUCCAACCCCAUCUAAUUGGAAAAAUAAACAAACAAAAAAGAAAGCAUAUCAUGCAACAACAAAAACACAAACAAAAUACGACACGUUGAUCCAAUAUACUACUAUAAUUCACAUUUAAUCUGUCCUCUUUUUUGUUUGUUACGACAUCCUUCUUGGUACACGAGAAACUAGAUCUCUCUACUACUACUUACUCUCUUUUUAUAUAACAAACUCCAAAUCAUUAUUAUAAAUAAUUGCUAUUCUUUUGUAUAUUUUAACACUUUUUUUUCUCCAUAUUUUUUUGUAUACAAAAUCUGUUUUUUCACUUUUUGUUGUAGUUGUAGAAUUCAUUUUAGUGUAGUUUAGUAGGGAAUUAAUUAAUUUAGAUAAAGAUUAGAUUUUUGAAGAGAAAUUAAAUUAAAUUGGUUAACAAUGGCGGAAAAGAAAGCACCAUUGUUGUUGAAGGAUUACUAUUACAAUGAAGAUUGCGCUGGUUGUCAAGUUGAGAAGCGAAAAGCUGAAAACCCAAAUCUUCCUUGGCUUCAUUUCUUCUUCAUUUGGAUUAUUACUCUUUGUUCUUCUUUGCCGAUUUCAUCCAUAUUCCCCUUCCUUUACUACAUGGUGAGGGACUUUAAUAUUGCAAAACGGGAAGAAGAUGUUAGUUUCUAUGCCGGUUUUGAGGGGUCUGCAUUCAUGAUUGGGAGAACAUUGACGGCUGUUUUAUGGGGAAUGGUGGCUGAUCGUUAUGGCCGCAAACCUGUCAUGAUAUUGAGCACAUUAUCAGUGGUUAUAUUCAAUACAAUGUUUGGCCUGAGCACAAAUUAUUGGAUGGCACUUGCUACAAGAUUACUUCUUGGUGCUUUCUGUGGUACACUUGGUCCGAUGAGGGCAUAUGCAACUGAAGUUAGCCGUAGAGAGCAUCAAGCUUUAGGGGUGGCAAUGAUGACUUCUUCAUGGGGUAUUGGUUUGGUCAUAGGCCCUGCAAUUGGUGGUUAUCUUGCACAGCCUGCAGACAAAUUUCCAAGUGUAUUCUCUCAAGAAUCAAUUUUCGGGAGGUUCCCGUACUUUUUAGUUUCUUUGGUGAUUUCAAUCUUUGCGAUGUUUGUAUUCGUUCUCUGCUUCUGGCUCCCGGAAACAUUGCACACAUGCACGCUUAGUGCUGAAGGCACAGUCCAGAAUCACUCUAGUGAUAUAGAAGAUGCUGACACUGAAAAAUUGCAAAAUUCCAAAGAGGGGGCUUCAAAUUCAUGGUUCAGCCUUCUCAAAAAUUGGCCUUUAAUGUCAACUAUCAUAGUAUAUUGUGUUUUCCAGCUACAUGAUAUGGCAUAUAUUGAGAUAUUCUCAUUAUGGACUGUAAGUCCGAAGUCUGUUGGAGGAUUGAGUUUAUCAACUGAAGAUGUUGGUCAAGCUCUUGCUGUGGCAGGAAUUGGUUUGUUAUUUUGUCAACUACUUCUCUACCCGUUCUUGGAGAGGAAGCUUGGUCCAAUCACAGUUUCACGUGUUGGAGCGGUUCUCAGUAUCGCGUUGCUGUCAUGUUAUCCCUUUUUUGAGAAUUUAAGAGGCACGAGUCUCUCACUUGUGGUUGAUCUUGCUUCUGCAGUGAAAAAUGUGCUUUCGGUUUCAAUCACUACUGGAUUGUUCCUCCUGCAAAAUAGAGCUGUGAACCAACAUCAAAGAGGAGCUGCAAAUGGACUUUCUUUGUGUAUCAUGUCUUUUUGCAAAGCACUUGGUCCUGCUGCUGCUGGAUCCCUUCUCUCUUGGGCACAGACGCGUCAAAUGGCUAAUUUCCUUCCUGGAACUCACAUGGUUUUCUUCAUCCUUAAUGUGGUUGAACUUCUUGGGUUUCUGAUGACUUACAAGCCUUUCCUUCAAAAGCCUGCUCAUGAGUAUUGCUAGUUUCAUGCCUUGAAAUCUUGCCUGCAAGCUUUAACACAGAAAGUCGGUCUUCUUCGACAAGCAUCAGCAUAAAAGCUACAGAAAGGCAGAAGCUAAGCACACACUCUUAAGGCUUCUGCCGAGAUUCAGCAAAAAUUAUGUAUAUUAAUGACAUAUUAUUAACAGAAGCAGAAUAGUUCAAUUUUGGUCAUUGAAUUUUGAUUUCUCAUUCCUCAUUCCUCGAUAUUUGAUCCUUUUGGCUCCAGUAGCUAUUAGCAAUGUAUUCAAUUCAGUACGUAUAAAUUUUAGUAUUGCUAAUUGUCUAAGAGGGGCAGAUUGCUCCAUUUUUAUGGUUGCUGCUAAA